AGUUGUUCAUGAACAUGGUCACAACUGAUGCGCAACCUGCGGCCCUGCCAUCGGAUUCGAUACGGGUGACAAGGCAGGGCAAAAUCAGAUACUGGGUCAAGCACGGAUUGGACUUUUUCCAGGAGAAUCCUGACAAGCCAUUGACGCUGCACACUUCACCGACUGAUGUUGCACAAUCAACCAUCCCUCGUUUGAUUUCAGUCGUGGAGAUACUGAAACGCGAAUAUAUGAAAACAUUGGAUGUUUCAGCAGGAGAGUUGAUGGGGCUGCAUCAAUACAAUGCACUACAAUGGGAGCAACGCGGUGAUAUCGCUGCGGCAGGGGAAGAUCGAGCGAGUACCAUAGCAAGAGCUUUGGAAGGUACAAAACACCCUAAGCUCACGCUUGCGUCCUACAUGAAAGUCACAUUGUGCAGGAAGGCUCUUGCGGGAAUGCAUGACAUGACGUACCAGUCACCACAGAUACGACGACUGUCCAAGACUACAAAGGCGAGAUUAAAGAAGAAAGCAAAGCAAUCUUAGUUAUUAUUAUUAUUUUUCCUAUAAAUCUCUACCCAAAUAUGUCUUGGUAAAAUUCCCAGGGGGGUUUCACAUUC